UUCUUCCCCACACCUAACAUCCAACUCUCUUUCCUCCCUACUUCGGCUCUUCAAAGAGGCCUCAUUUCUUCGUUAAUAAUAAAAAAAAAAGAAAAAGAAAGGGGAAAGCCAAUUUAUAUUUCUCUCUCUCUCUUUCUUUGCACGUUAAAGGCAUUUCCCUGUAAGAGAAAAGAAAGAAUAUAUAAGUGUAAGGGGAAAAAACCCCGCAAAUCCCCUCCCUUUUCUCUCCUUCUUCUUCGAUUUCUCUAAAACCCCCUCCAAACCUUCUUCUAGACUGCUACUCGUGAAUUUAAAUCAACAUUUCCCAUCUGGGUUUUCUUUCUUUUUCUCUCCCCUUUUAGGCUCGAUAGAUAUUUCCAUUUUCAAAAACCCCGAAAAGAAAAAGAGAGGGGAGGAAGCUAAAAGGAAAAAACCCAAAAAUGAGAAAAUGGAGUUUGUGGGCAAGUCCGUGAAGAAAAAGUUCAAGGGAUUUGGUAUUUUCUCAGGAACUGUUAAUUCAUUUGAUUCUUCAUCAGGGUUUUUCCAGAUCGUUUACGAGGACGGGGAUUCCGAGGAACUCGACGUCUACGAAGUUGCUUCUCUUAUCAUGGCUGAUGAUUCUAACCCAACCCACGAGCCCAGACCCGACCCGGGGUUGGAGGUUGUCCGUGAGAAGCCGAGGGUUGGAAGGCCGAGGAAACGACGCCGUGUUGAGAGGAAAGUUCGCGUUUGUCCAGGUAAUGUAGGGAAGGAAACCCUAGAGAGUAAUACGAAUGGGAAUUUGAAAGGAAAUGUUGAUUUAAAUGAAAGGUUUGUUGGGAAUUUGAAGCAAAAUGAGGGUUUUGAUGGGAAUUUGAGUGAAACCCUAGAUGUGAAGGGAGUUGGGUCUCGAAGGGAUUUGAAUUUGAAUUUGAAUAAUAAUGGGAAUGUUGAAAUGAAAAAUGGGAUUGAUUUGAAUUCUUCUGGGUUUGAUUUGAAUUUGAAUGAUACUUAUUAUAACAAUAAUUAUUUAGAUGACGAUGGGAAGUUUUGUGGUGGGGGAGAGAAUAUGAAGAAGAGAGGGUGUAUUGAUUUGAAUUUGGACUUGAAUUGCGAUUUGGAUGACAAUAUUGAUGUUAAUUGUGAAACCCAACGGAGGGCAUGUGGUUUUGAUUUGAAUUUAGGGGUUGACGAGGAGAUUGGUAAGGAUGCUAUUGAUGUUAACUGUGGACGGCAGGGGCAAGGGAGUGAAUCUACCACUUGUGCUGACAUAGUUCAAGAAACGCUGAGAAUGGAGCAAAGUGGUUUGGAAGAAGAUGCUUGUAACAAGGAAUUGAAGGAAGAUCAUUCAUGUUUAGGGUCUAUUGAAAUCCUUGAGAAGGGGAGUGUUGUGGAUAGGCAUGUUGCCAAGGCUGAUGAUUGUCAGGGAGUUGGGUUAGAGGGUGUCCCUGAGCCUGGUACUGGAGUAAUGGAUGGGUGCCAAGCUGAUACUGGAAGUUCAUACAAACAAGGUAGUGGGCGGAGAAAGAGAAGAAAGGUUAUAAAUGAUUUGGAGUCUACGACAGAAAGGGUGUUGAGAAGAAGUGCUCGCCGAGGGUCUGCUAAAAAUCAUGUUCCAAGCACACCACCACCUACUAUGGUAACAACAUUGGCAGUUGGUGAUUUGUCAACAUCUCCUUCAAUUAGUGCAGUAACAGAGGAGAAGCCAGUUAGGUCAGGUCGUAAAGUGUCUGAAGAGCCUAUUAUUCUUCCUCCAAAGCUGCAACUACCACCAUCUUCCAAGAAUUUGAAUUUGGAUGGGAUUGCUGUACUUGAUAUUUUUUCUAUUUAUGCUUGUUUGAGGUCAUUUAGUACUUUAUUAUUUUUAAGUCCCUUUGAGUUGGAGGAUUUUGUGGCGGCAUUGAAGUGCCAGUCUGCCAGCUCAUUAAUUGAUUGUAUUCAUGUAUCCAUUUUGCAAACUCUGAGAAAGCAUUUGGAGUUCCUUUCUAAUGAAGGUUCCGAAUCUGCUUCUGAAUGUUUGAGGAGUCUUAAUUGGGGUUUCUUGGACUCUAUUACAUGGCCCAUUUUCAUGGUCGAGUAUCUACUGAUUCAUGGUUCAGGAUUGAAAUGUGGUUUUGAUCUUACUAGUUUGAAACUUUUCAGAAGCGACUAUUAUAAACAACCUGCAGCUGUUAAGGUUGAGAUACUUCAAUGUUUGUGUGAUGAUAUGAUUGAGGUGGAAGCCAUAAGAUCUGAGCUUAAUAGAAGGUCUUUGGCAUCUGAGUCUGAAAUGGAUUUUGAUCGAAAUAUGAACAUUGAGGUUUCCAAGAAAAGAAAAGCUGCUAUGGACGUGUCAGGUGGAUCUGGCCUGAGUGACGAGAUAGUUGAUGACACUACAGACUGGAAUAGUGAUGAUUGCUGCCUUUGUAAGAUGGAUGGGAGUCUAAUAUGCUGUGAUGGCUGUCCUGCUGCUUACCAUUCGAAGUGUGUAGGUGUUGUCAAUACCCUUUUGCCAGAAGGUGACUGGUACUGCCCUGAGUGUGCAAUUGGCAGACAUAAGCCUUGGAUGAAACCUCGUAAAUCACCUAGAGGAGCAGAGCUUUUGGGCAUUGAUCCUCAUGGUCGGUUAUAUUAUAACAGUUCCGGUUACUUGUUAGUAUUAGAUUCAUGUGAUGCUGAGUACUCAUUGAGUUAUUACCACAGAGAUAACCUCAAUGUUGUAAUUGAUGUGCUAAAAUCAUCAGAUAUAUUCUAUCGUGACAUAUUAAAAGCAAUUCACAAGCAGUGGGAUGUAGCUGUUGGCUCAAAUGGAGCUAGUAGUAACUUGGACUCUCUGAAUUCUGUUUGUUCUGAGGCACUGAUGAAGGGGCAAAUUCCUACUGCUAGCACAUUCCUGCCACCUCUGGCUUCUGGAGAAGCAAGUGCGAUAAAAAAUGAGACUGUUGAUGAUGGGAAACAGGAAGAGAAGGAAGUAGCUGGAAAUUCUGGUCAUCUUGAUGUUGAGGUUACAGAGUUUGCCAACUUGUUGGAUCCGGUGGCUGGAACUGAAAUCCCGUAUAUAAGUUCUGAAGGGUCAGCUGAAACAAUGCAAAUGGGUUCAGUCAUUCCUAACUUCCAGAAACAAGGAUCUGCUGAGUUCUCAAACCAAUCUGAGGUUCCAGGAAAAUCCUCAAAUCUUGAAGACUGUUCUUUAAUAUCUAAGGGUUUAUAUCAAGAAAGCAAGAUAAAGUUAGCACCUCAGCGAACCCUAUGUGCAAUUAAUGCAAAAAGAGGUGAUGCAUCACAAACACAGCCUGGGACUGGCUACUUGAACUACUAUAGUUUUGCCCGAACUGCCUCAUUAGUUGUAGAAGAGUUAAUGUGUAAGCCAUCAGAAAAGACAAAUGAAGACUCUCAAAAAUCUGUUGAGGAGAUAAUUGCAAUGCAGAUGAAGGUUAUUUUGAAAAAGUCGAACAGGUUUCAUUGGCCAGAUAUUAAUAAUUUAUUUGUAGAUGCACGCAAAGAAAAUUGUGGGUGGUGCUUCUCUUGUAGAUAUCCAAUGGAUGAUACAGAUUGCUUGUUUAAAAUUACUUCAGGUUGUGUCCACGAAGUUUCAAAAAGUGAGAUGGUUGGCCUUCAGUCAAAGUGGAACAAAAAGGGCCAUGUUAUAGAUGUCAUAUGCCAUGUAUUUUCCAUUGAAAAUCGUUUGCAUGGGCUUCUGUCAGGUCCAUGGCUGAACCCACAAUACAUCAAGAUCUGGCAUAAAAGCAUUCUCAAGGCUUCUGAUAUCGCAUCUCUCAAACAUUUUUUGCUAACGUUAGAGGCAAAUCUACAUCAUCUUGCUCUUUCAGCAGACUGGAUGAAACAUGUCGAUUCUGCUGUUACCAUGGGUUCUGCUUCUCAUAUUGUGACUGCUUCAAGUCGUACGUCUGCUAAGCAUGGGAUUGCAAGAAAAAGAGGCAGAAGCAAUGAUGGUGAAAGUAACCCUACUUCUAAUACUGCUGCAGGACCAAGUAUUUGUUGGUGGAGGGGUGGUAGGGUUUCUCGUCAAUUGUUCAACUGGAAGGUUUUACCUCGCUCUUUGGCUUCUAAAGCUGCUAGGCAAGGAGGCGGCAAAAAGAUACCAGGCCUACUCUAUCCUGAGAGUUCAGAUUUGGCAAAGAGAAGCAAAUCUGUGGCAUGGCGAGCUGCUGUUGAGUCAUCAACUAGUGUAGAACAACUUGCUUUCCAGGUAAGAGAACUUGAUUUGAACAUUAGGUGGGAUGACAUUGAAAACACUCAUGCUCUUCCUAUCUUGGAUAAGGAUUUUAAGAAAUCAAUCAGACUGUUCAAGAAAUGUGUUGUGCGCCGAAAAUCCAUAGAGGGAGAUGGGGUGAAGUAUCUUCUUGAUUUUGGGAAGAGGAGAAUCAUUCCUGAUAUUGUCAUGAGAUAUGGGACUGCAGUUGAAGAAUCUUCAAGUGAAAGAAAGAAAUAUUGGUUGAAUGAAGCUUAUGUGCCCUUGCAUCUCUUAAAAAGUUUUGAAGAGAAGAGAAUUUCCCGUAAGUCUAGUAAGAUGAUUUCUGCAAAAUCUUCUGAGAUCAUUAGGGACGGAAAGAACUCAUCAAAGAAAAGGGGGUUCUCCUAUCUAUUCUCUAAAGCUGAAAGAUCUGAGUAUUAUCAGUGUGGGCACUGUAACAAAGAUGUCCUCAUCAGGGAAGCUGUACGCUGUCAUAUUUGUAAGGGAUUUUUUCAUAAGAGGCAUGUUAGAAAAUCUGCUGGAGCAAUCAUUGCUGAAUGCACGUAUACGUGCCACCGAUGUCAAGAGGGGAAGUCGAAUGUUAAUGCAAAAAGAGGGGGAAGUGAUGCCAAAAGAGGAAAAGGUGACACAAAGUGCAGGAAGACCAACACAAAAAGUGCAAAAAAGCUGCCACAAAAAAGUAAAAAGGCCUCUACAAAUUGCAAAUCGAUGAGGUCAAAAGACAAUAAAAAGUCAAUUGCAGUACGGAUGUCACUGCGGUCACAGAAGGAUAAAAAGGUUGCUGCCGGUGUGCCACUGCGUCGUUCACCUAGGAAAAUAAAAUACAUUUCUGUGCAAAAGAAAAAGCCUGGUAGGUGCAAGAAAAGCAAACAGAAAUCAAAGAAGAAGGCUCCUAAGAAAACAAAGAUAUGUACUUCUUGGCAGAAGAAGAGAACAAGGGCUUAUCAUAGUUACUGGCUUAAUGGUCUUCGGUUGUCCAGUAAGCCAGACGAUGAACGGGUGAUGCAAUUUCGUAGAAAAAUGUUUUUUGCCCCUUCUGAACAUAUGACUGUCUCUCUCAAUCAACCCAAAUGUCUUCUUUGUUGUGAAGCAGGAUAUGCAUCCAGUUUAAACUAUGUUGCGUGUGAAAUUUGUGAAGAAUGGUUUCAUGGAGAUGCUUAUGGACUGAAUUCAGAGAACAAAAGCAAGAUUAUUGGAUUUAGGUGUCAUGUCUGCUGUAAGAGGACCCCUCCUGUCUGUCCCAAUAUGGUGGCCACUAGAAUUGAUGGAUCUCAAUUGGCUGAGAUGCAAAAUAGUGUUAGGACUGAAUCUUCUGAGGAAGUACAUGGUGCUUUCCCGUCUCCGUGUCAUGUAAAUUUAAAAACAGAGUCUCCUUCAAGUGAAACUCGUCAAGGUUUAUUGGCAGAUGAUGAGUGCUUGCAUAAGGAAGAGCAAUUAGGUACCAGUUUGGAAACAAGUCAGGGUCCCAUUUUGGAAUAUAAAUUAGAAUCAAAUGGGACUUUACUUGAUAAGAAGCAGGGUAUAGAUGCACAGCAAAUUUCUAACAAUGAAUUGAAACCAAAUACACUAACAUCUGAUGAGAAGGCUAUGUUCGAAGAGAGUAGAAUCAAUUCAGGACAUGUAACUGCAACUGCAGUCGAUGAGGCAGAGUGCCCUUCCAACGAUGUUCAGCUGAAUUCAUUUGAAACUGAAUUGGCAUCCUUGGGUCAUGACAGCACCCAUGAUGUUCUGGUGAACACAACAACCAUUCCAAAGUCAGUAGCAGAUGGAUGCUCUGCUGAGUUGCAUCUGGAUAAGUUAGCGGCAUCAGUUGAAUUUUUAGAUGAUGGAGGAAAAACAACUUAGGUUAGAUUUAUGGUUUAACAUUUAAUUGGUGUAACAAGACUGGGACUGGUGUAGAGGCUAGAUUUAUUGUAGGGCUAGAGUUACAUGUAAAUUUUCUGAUGUUGAAAUCAUGGAAGAUUCUUAAACAGUUAAUUGGAAUGAUUCAUUUCCAACAGAAAAAUAAAAAGUUUAUUUGAGCCUAUGAA